UCAGACUGUAGCUACUGUAGCUACUGUACGUCUCUUUACAGCAGAGAAACAACGAAAACAAGUACUACCAAAGCCAGCAGGUGUGGAGAUGAUGGAGGGGAAUGAGGAGCAGUCGGAGCUCAGUCUGGAGGGAAACGACGAGGGAGACAGCUUCAGGCUGCACAUGGUGACGUGGAACGUGGCAACAGCUGAUCCACCAGAGGAUGUGACCGCACUUCUGCAUCUGAACUCACCAAAGAGCCCUGACCUCUACGUCAUCGGUUUGCAGGAGGUGUAUUCAGGACCGAUGAGGUUUGUGUCGGACACUGUAUACGAUGACCCAUGGAGCCAACUGCUGAUGUCCAUCUUGGCACCACGGAAAUACAUUAAGGUGUCAUCCAUCAGAAUGCAGGGUCUGCUGCUGCUCUUCUUCUCCAAACUGGAGCACGUCCCCUUUAUCAGAGACAUCAAGGCCACAUACACACGGACAGGCAUUUUCGGUUACUGGGGUAACAAAGGUGGCGUGUCUGUCCGUUUGUCUUUCUAUGGCCACAUGCUCUGCUUUCUCAACUGUCACCUGGCUGCACAUAUGAAAUACGCCACAGAGAGAGUGGACGAGUUUGAGUACAUCAUGGACACUCAGACCUUUGACUGUAAAAAGGCUCCAAGAAUUGUCGACCACAGGCUUGUGUUCUGGUUUGGAGAUCUCAACUUCAGAAUUCAGGACCAUGGCAUGCACUUUGUGCGCUCCUGUAUCAACAAUCAAACCUACAACCUGCUGUGGAGCAACGAUCAGUUGACGAUGAUGAAGAAGAAGGAACAGAUGCUCCAGGAGUUUGAUGAAGGGCCUCUAGACUUUCAGCCUACGUACAAGUUUGACUUAAACUCCGAUACUUAUGACAGCAGACUCUACAGGACUUGGUUUGGCUUUAACGGUAAGAAGCGUAAACCUGCCUGGACUGACAGGAUCCUGUGGCGGCUCCGACCCAAAGCCCCGCCCCCCGACGAGCUAGAUGGAGCGGAUGUGAAGAAGGUCGGGCAUGUGGAGGAGGAUGAGGAGUACCCGUUGAAGAUCAGGCAGGACCUGUACACCAGCAACAUGGAGUACAGCAUCAGUGACCACAAGCCUGUCAUCAGCAUCUUCACACUGGAGCUGAGGAAGAUGUACGAGACUCCUCUGGUGCGUCUGCAGCCAGAGGGCGACUGGAGCGCAGACAUUGAUGCCAUGGUGCUCUACAGCCCUCUGCAGCCCUUCCCCUCCAGCACAUGGGACUGGAUCGGACUUUAUAAGGUGGGAUUCACCAGUGUGAUGGACUACAUCACCUACACGUGGGUCAAAGACGAUGAAGUGGCCUUUAAUGAAGAAAUCAUACAGGUAUAUGUCAGUAAAGAGGAGAUUCCAGUGCGGGGAGGCGAGUGUGUGCUGUGCUACUACAGCAGCGCUCUGCAGAGCAUCAUUGGAAUCAGUGAACCAUUCAAGGUCCAUGAGUCCAAGGUAGCCAGCGAGGAGGGCCUGGAGCCUGACAAGAUCAACGGACUGGACAAAUCCAUAGAGGGUGAAGACUUUUGGGACUGAUCUAUCAGUGUGCUGUGAUUUAUUUGGGUCUGAAAAACAAUAUGGCUUUUAAUUACUGUGUUUUCUAACAGCAGGUUUCUGCUGGUACACUGACCUCUCUAAUACUGCCGGUGUUGCUAUUAACCCAUUGAGGCCUGAAACGCCUGUAAAACCUCUGGGCGAUUUUAAAAUCCUAACCCUAAAAUAAGCCCCUAAAACCUGAAGUUUUUCUGGAAAUUCAACAGAAGUGUCAACGCUUCUACUAAAUAAUAGAUUUUUCAGCCUCUGUAGCAGAUAGAAAUGAAAUUCUUAAAGUAUUUGAGAGCUUAUACAAAUACUACAAAACGACGUAUCCGCUGUCAAGGCUUCAAUGGGUUAAUUACUUACUCCUCUGUGGUCAGUACACUUUAAAAAAAAAAAAAAACUGUCACAUUUUCUCUGCUUAUUUUGACCAGAAACAAAGGUUUUACUUAAAUCA